AUGACAAAUAGAAUUUUCGUAGCCCGUAUUCCAUGGUCAAUUUGCAAAAUUGCAUUAAAAACUCAUUUUUCUAAAUUUGGACCAGUUUCAGAUGGUUAUGUCGUUUUAGAUCGUAUUACUAAAAGAUCAAAAGGUUUUGGUUUUGUUACUUUUGAUAAUGCAGAAUCAGCCCAAAAUGCUGUAAAUAGUGUACAUGAAAUGGAUGGAAGACAAUUAGUAGUUAACUUAGCAUUUGAUAAACUUAAAACUAAUUAA